AUAUGUCCUGGCAUAGUCACGUAGCCGAAUUAGCUAAAGAGCUUCACAAAAAUGUUGAGUUCUCUUUAAUACCAAAAAGUUAUAUUAUCGGCAAUAGCUUCUAAUCCUAUAAAAGAUUCGUCCAUCUUUAGAGUAUUGCUCACACAUUUGGAGCUCGACUCCUAACCAUAUUCUGAACCUGCUGGACUCAAUACAAAAGAUAGCAAUUCGACUUAUAGGCGAUCCAAAAUUGAACAGAAACUUAUGCUUAUAGCAUAAAAGAAAGGUCGCUGACCUGAAUCUGUUUUAUUGAUAUUACAACGGCAGAUGCUCUUCCGAGCUAUCCAACAUAAUCCCACGUAGAGCAGCUUUUGCAAGACAUACUAGACAGGUAGACGUGGCUCAUGAACACGGAGUUCGUCUGCAAACUCCCAGAACGUAAAUUUCUCGGGAUUCCUUUUUACGGAAAACUAUAUUUUAGAAUUCGCAAAUAGUGUUCGUAUAGUAUAGUGUAUCGUGUCAUGGUACCAUAAGUUAUCUAUUUUUACAUGAAGUACUGUAAACUGAAUGGACAUUUGUAGCCGUAACCAUAUGCGUACUUAAAACACAUGUAGUUUAAAUGUUUCAUUUUCUUAGUUUAAAAAAGAAGACAAAACCAACCUAGUAUUUUCUGGUUAAUUUAUAAAUAGUUAUUGGUUUAAAAAAAAUCUAUUUAUCUUCUAAAUGGCUAGCUCUAUAUAUAAAGUACAAAGACUUUUAAAUCGGCAUUUUAUAAAUACUCAUUUUCGACAUGCUUUAAGAUUAUCAACACAACAAUCAACAAAAGAUGAUAAAGAAACCCAUUUUGGUUUUGAAAAAGUUAAAGAAAGUGAAAAGCACAAAAAAGUGUUUGAAGUUUUUGAAAAUGUAGCCCUAGAUUAUGAUAUAAUGAAUGAUGCUAUGUCUUUGGGGAUCCAUAGGCUUUGGAAAGAUUAUUUCAUGUGGAGUUUGCUUCCUACUGAUGGCACAAAAUUGUUAGAUGUUGCUGGAGGCACAGGAGAUAUAGCAUUUAGAUUUAUCGAUUAUGUGAAAAAUAACAAUUUACAAGAUUGCCACGUUACUAUAAGUGAUAUUAAUCCUCACAUGCUGGAAGUUGGGAAAUUGAGAAGCAGCAAACUUGGUCAUGAUACAAACAUUAUAAGUUGGAAAGAAGCAAAUGCUGAACAAUUAGACUUUGAAGAUAAUAUGUUCAAUGUAUAUACUAUAGCUUUUGGUAUAAGAAAUGUCACACAUAUAGAUAAAGUUCUCUCAGAGGCUUAUAGAGUUUUACAACCAGGGGGAAGGUUUAUGUGUAUGGAAUUCAGUCACUUAGAAAAUUCUAUGGCACAGUGGUUGUAUGAUCAGUAUAGUUUCCAGAUAAUUCCAGUAUUAGGACAAGUCAUUGCAGGCAAAUGGCAACCUUAUAAAUAUUUAGUUGAGAGUAUAAGGCAAUUCCCCAAUCAGGAACAUUUCAAACAAAUGAUUGAAGAAGCUGGAUUUAGACAGGUAUCUUAUGAUAAUCUCACAUUAGGAGUGGUAUCUAUCCAUUCUGGAUAUAAAUUGUAAUAUAUUUAAAUAAAUGACUUCUAAUAACUUGAUUUAGGA